ACAAGGUCCUGGCGGAGCUGAUCGAGCCCUAUGAGCUGCGCACGGCGAAGCUGCGUGAGUUCCUGGAGGACGUGAUGCCCUCGCUGCAUUACGACAUCGUGCCUCUGCUGGACCCCUACGGCCCCUCAAUCACAGACCCCGACCUGCAGUGCCUGGUGGUCAGCGAGGAGACCCGCAGGGGCGGAGAGGCCGUCAACAAGAAGAGACUGGAAAACGGGCUACCCGAGCUGGCGCUCUACGAGAUCCUGCUGAUGAAGGACCCUGACCACGCUCAGAGCGAGGAGGAGAAGAUCAGCUCCUCCAGCCUGCGGCAGAGGCUGCUCGGGACGCUGCUACAGCCCCCGCGGCACGACCCUGCCCUGCGCUCACGUCCGUACGUGAUCGGCCUCACCGGGGGAACCGGGAGCGGGAAAACCUCCAUCGCCAAACUGCUGGGACAUCUGGGAGCCUUCCUCAUUGACGCCGACAAGCUGGGCCACGCUGUCUACGUCCCCGGUGGCCCUGCCUACGAGCGCGUGGUGGCAGCUUUUGGGGCAGAAAUCCUGAAUGGAGAUGGGACAAUAAACAGGAAAGUCCUUGGGGCCAAAGUGUUUGGAAGCCAGGAGCGACUGAAGAGUCUCACGGACAUCGUGUGGCCGGAGAUAGCCCGGAUGGUCAGGGAGCAGAUUGGGGAGGCAGGCGCUCAAGGGAAGGCCGUGUGCGUGCUGGAUGCUGCGGUGCUGCUGGAGGCUGGCUGGCAGGACAUGGUCCACGAGGUGUGGACGGCCGUCAUCCCAGAGGAGGAGGCCGUGAAGCGCAUCAUGGCCCGGGACGGGCUGAGCGAGGAGGCUGCUCGCAGCCGGCUGCAGAGCCAGAUGAGCAACAGCCAGCGCGUGGAGCAGUCGCAGGUGGGGCUGUACCGGGAGCCACGGGUCACCCGCAGGCAG